AUGGAAGGGUGCUGUGAUCUUGAAGUUGAUGUCAAUGGCCAAGAAACUUUCAUGCUGCACAAGAAAACUCUUGUAUCUUUCUCAGGUUUAUUUAGCAAAUUAUUUGUUAACUCGAGAAGCACAAGGAACCUGAAAGUGAUAUUCAAUGACUUUCCAGGAGGCGCUGAGGGUUUUGAGCUCGUGGCAAGGUUUUGCUACAAUAAUGGCCGAGCAGCAAUAACCCCCUCGAACAUACUUCUACUAAACUGUGCUGCUAAUUUCUUGGAGAUGGAAGGUAAUGGUUCGAUUAGGCCCAAUUUAAUAGACCAAACUGAGAAAUCUCUUGAAGGGAUCAUCUUUUGGACUUGGUCUGAGCUCCUAGAAGCAUUGAAACAGUGCCAAGAUUUACUUCCCGCCACAAAAUCUUCAGUUGUGCUUCAGAAUAUCUUGGAUUGUCUUAUAGGAAGGCUUGCUUUGCCUAGUGUUGCAAGCCCAUUCGCAUGUUCCUCAAACAAUUCUAGCUGCAAAUUUUCCUGUGAUACAAUAAGCACUGACAGCCUGAAAAACAACUCUUCUCAACUGACUUGGUGGUUUGAAGAUUUUUUGUUCUUGAGUGUUGAUAUGAUUGACGGGGUAAUUAAGACAAUGGUCUCCCAGAAAUUUGACCAAGCUAUAAUUUGUAAGUUCCUCUUCUAUUAUCACAAAUCAAGAUGUCUUGGUGCAGCACCAGCUGAGAAGCAGAGAAUCACAAAGGUUGUAGUCAGCCUGCUUUGUUUGCUUGAUAGGAGUUCUCUUUGUUGCAAGGGGUUAUUUGAAAUUUAUCGAGUGGCUUUGGGGUUGAAAAUAAGCAAAUUUUACAAAAACAAGAUAGAGAGUUUGAUGGGUUCACAGCUGGAUCAAGCAACAAUUGAUUAUCUGCUUGCUCCAUCUCCACAUGGGAGGGACUAUUCUUAUGAUGUUAAUUUGGUUUUGAGGCUUGUACAAGCAUUUCUCCUUGAAUGCAGCUGUUUGUCAUCUACAAGUCGAUUGAAGAAGGUUGCCAACUUGAUGGAUUUGUACCUUGGGGAAGUGGCUCCUGAUUCCCAUCUGAAACCUUCCAAGUUUGUGGCUUUGGUAUUAGUGCUGCCAGAUUAUGCUAGAGAAUCUGAUGAUCAUAUCUACAGAGCCAUGGACCUGUUUCUAGAGGUAUUCUGCAAUUUUGCAAUGUUUCAUUUUCUAAUAGAUGGAAUUAUUUACUGUUUUGCAUUAGAUAAAAGAAUGGCUUCUUCACUGCUUACCAUAAAUGAUGUCAAAGAAGACAUGCUACAAAUAAUUGCUGUUAGCUAUCUCAAAUAUUCUGCACUCAAAUGUAUGUCAAGUUUCUGA